GGGGCUAAUGUAGGAGGUUUGAAUUUUAUCCGUUGGGCAAUUUAGGGAAGCCAGUGGAUGGGAUUUGGGGCAGAGAGGGUGAUUGGAGGACACUGGGAGUGGGAAGCCAGUGGAGGGAUUGGCAGAGAGGGGUGGAGGACACUGAGUGGAAGCCAGUGGAGGGAUUGGCAGAGAGGGGUGGAGGGCACUGAGUGGAGGCCAGUGGAGGGAUUGGCAGAGAGGGGUGGAGGGCACCGAGUGGAGGCCAGUGGAGGGAUUGGCAGAGAGGGGUGGAGGACACCGAGUGGAGGCCAGUGGAGGGAUUGGCAGAGAGAGGUGGCAGAUACAGAACGGUUAACUGAAGAGGGGAUAGCCUGCGAUGAGGUCGGCCAAUGAGGAGGGA